AGAGAGAGAGAGAGAGAUGGAUGGAUACGUUGUAACUUCAGAAAAUGACUGAACUCAAGAUCCAUCUGUGAACAGGCAGAGGGCAAAAUCUUGACAGAUCCCUGCAUUUUGCUGAAAAGGGAAGCCGGUGGUCUCUGAGACUGAGAGGUGCUGUGUGCCCUUAUUUGGCUGUCAAAUGCACAGAUACGACAUGUUGACAGAAAGCAGGAAACGCAGGCGCAGCUGUGAUGCUGAGGAGCUUCAGGUCUUGCCCCAGGCAAAGAGGUCUGGGGGUUAUUCCUUUCUCCCUGAGGUUGGCCGUGAUGUCUGGGACUCUGAGUCUUCCAGCAGUGACAGCAGUGGGAUCAGCAGUCCAGAGCGGAUGGCAGGAGCCACUUCCAACAUCCAGAAGACUGAACAAAGAGGACUCCAUGUAUCCCAGGCUCCCUGCAGCCCUAUUGCCCCCACCAUCUCAGCAGAAGAGCCGGCCGUCUCCUUGAGCCACAACCUCUCAUACGAUCACAUCAAUCGUAUCUUAAGGGAGGCCCACUUCAGUAGCCUGCAAACUCGUGGUCAGCAAGGGCCGACGUGAUCCACAAUGACUAUUCCAGUACCCAUUGGCGUUAAGAAACAAUGUACAGGGGACCUUUUAGAGGGACAUUAUGGGCCACUUGAAGGCCUGGCACAAAUAUAGGCCCUCUAAAUGCAUUUGUCUUCUUUCUUAUAGCACUUUUUCAUGUUCAUAGUGUUUAUGUGGGGCUCUACUUGAUGUAUUGACCAUGAACUUCACAUAGGUGCUAUAUAAAAGAAAUAUCUUGAAAAUGGUCAAGUUCUUGCAAGAUUAUGUAAGCUUUUGCCCUUUACUAGACAGUCACACAUGAUGCUACUGCAGUUCUGGGUCACGUUUUAUUCAGACACAUGCAUUUGGUCAUUUUUGACACUCUUUGGCCGAUCUGGAAAAGGAAAAGAAAUGAAAGAAUUUCCUGUAUUUAAGAGCUGAAGUGUAGACACCAUGCGAUUAUAAUGCAGCCCUGCUUUGGAGUCAUUAAUAAUACUGUUGACGUGUUUACAGAAGAUUCCGGUUUGGGUCUGACUGGAAUUUAGAUUCUUUCAGGAAGUUUUUGGGGCUUGAUGAUUGCUUACAUAUCCAAAACUCAGGUCUAGAGGAUUUCUCUCUGCGUGCCAUGAAGGUUCAUACUUUAAAUGAGGAACUUGGUGCCAGAUCCUUACAUUUUUUAUAUAGUAUAGUCUCUCUUUACCUUAGAAAAAAUGGAUAUUAGCACAUCACACUGUAGAGAGACUAUUCUGAAAAUGCAUGCUGGACUCAGGUCUGUUAAUGUACAUAAUGAUGCACUCUUUCUCUAUGAAUUUAAAGGUGUAAACCAAUGAAUUAUUGUGCAAAUCCAGUCACUGCAAAUUGAAAGCCAUGUCUGAUAUUCACGCAAGAAUUUCCUGGUUUCAUUUUACAAUAAUCAGCUUGAAAUACACUAGUUUAGAUCAGUCACUGUGCUCAGUGUAAUACGAGGACUCAUCUUCUAUGGGCAGACCAGGAAUGACCUAAAAUUAGCUUGCACCUAACGACGCACCCUACAGUAUCACAUCACUGCAAAAUCCUAAAUAUUUUACCAUAGAAUAGCCAUACAAUCCACUUAUGUCAAAUAUACAUGAUGGCUUAAUUCUUUUCACAAUGUUAAACCAAACAGGAAUGGUAGUACUCCUAAAUUUAGUAUAGUUCAGUCCAUUUUAGACAUACAUCCUUAAAAUUAAAGCUUAAUCCAAACAGAUUGUAUGAGGACAGUUACAUCAUUAAUCAUGUACGAAAUACUUAUGUACUUUAAACUACUCAGUGCACAAUACUGUACAACCCAGGCACUGUGCUUUGUGUGAAAGACUAUUAGCUUUUGAUGAUGAAAAUUGUCCCUGCGGUCACCAUUGUUUUGUAUGUACAUAAUAUAUAGCUAGCAUAUAUACAAUAUUUGAAAUCGUUGUUAUUUUAUGAAAUGUUCUGCUGGUGUAAAUAAAAAUUAAG